UUGUGACGCCGCCCGCUGAGUCUUGUGACGCGGCUGCGCGCGGGCAAGGGGAGGGGCCGCCCCGCAGGCGGCCCGCCCUCUUCCGCCGCCGCCGUGGGAAUGGAAACAUCUUCCCCACGUGCCGGAAGCCAGCCGGCGCCGACGGCGGCGCGCUACUCUGCGUCCUGCCGCGCGGAGCCCCCGCGGGUGUCAUCGCGAGACCAGCUCGCCGAAAUGGCCGCAGCCAGUCAAGGAAACUUUGAGGGGAAUUUUGAGUCACUGGACCUUGCAGAACUGGCUAAAAAGCAGCCAUGGUGGCGCAAGCUGUUUGGGCAGGAAUCUGGGCCUUCAGCCGAAAAGUAUAGCGUGGCAACCCAGCUGUUAAUUGGAGGUGUCACUGGCUGGUGCACGGGUUUCAUAUUCCAGAAGGUUGGAAAGUUGGCUGCAACAGCUGUGGGAGGUGGAUUUUUUCUCCUGCAGCUUGCAAACCAUACUGGGUACAUCAAAGUUGACUGGCAGCGAGUGGAGAAGGACAUGAAGAAGGCCAAGGAGCAGCUGAAGAUCCGUAAGAGCAACCAGAUACCGACGGAGGUCAAGAGCAAAGCAGAAGAGGUGGUGUCCUUUGUGAAGAAGAACGUCCUGGUGACGGGGGGGUUCUUCGGAGGCUUUCUGCUUGGCAUGGCGUCCUAGAGCGACGACUUCGUGGCCGUCCUUCCCGGCUUUUCCGACGGCAGCCGCUCCGCUCCAGGACAGGACGCCGAGCCUGUCCCUCUCCUCCCCGCCGGGCGUGUCCGAGUGGCUUCUGCAGGCGUCUGUGGCUCCGAGGUGACCCGGCCCGCCGGGAGCUCGCUGGCGGCGAAGACACGGAGGCGGUAGCGCCCCUCCCCCUGAGUACCGCGCGGCGAGAGUCCUCCCUGCUCCGCAAGGCACCCCCGGGCGAGAGGGCGCCCCGCGCGCCGCCCUGAGGGCCCCCUGCGAGUGGGCGCCCGGCUUGCUUGGGAAAAGGAAGAAGCAGCGUGUGCGCUAUAGCCGAUGCUGUGCUGCAGGGAAGGGAACUGAAUACACUUGCCUUGAAGCAUGAAA